CCAAGCCAAACUAACUCUCUCCUUUAGCCGCGCGUGCCAUCGUCGGUCCUCCUCGCGUGCCUCCUCUCCGGCACGUAUCCUCAAUCUAGAACAUGGCAAAGAAAAGAGUGCCUCUUUGGCCGCCGGGCGACGAGUCCAGCAAAAAUCCGGACGACGAGCCCAACUUCAGCGAUCCCGAUGACUUUGACGACGACAUACCCGACGAAGAACUUCUGGAAGACCUCCUGCCGCAGAAGCCAUCUGAGACAGAAGGUGUUGAUUCGAUCAUUGUCAUCGAUGGAGUUCCCAAGGUUGAGCCGAAGCGGCUGGAAAAGCUCCAGUCUGUCAUUGAGAAGAUCUACGGCAAGUUUGGCACCAUUGUCAGUAAGUCCUAUCCUCAGGAUUCAAAUGGGAUGACCAUAGGAUAUGUGUUCUUCGAGUACAGCGACCCCACCAGUGCCUUGAAUGCAGUGAAGCAGGCCAAUAACUACAAGAUUGAUAAGGUGCAUACCUUCAAGGUAAAUCUCUUCUCUGACUUCAAGAAGUACGAGAACAUUCCUGAGGACUGGAAGCCACCUGAGCCACAACGUUUCCAGCCCUUCACGGAUCUUCACAACUAUCUGCUGGAUCCAGAUGCGUACGAUCAAUUCUGUAUUGCUGUUGGUAGCAAUGGGGGAGCUCCUAACGUCCAGAUCUGGCAGAACUGUCAGCCAGAGCCUGUUUGCGUUGAGGACCGUGCUCGCUGGACGGACACGUACGUCAAGUGGUCGCCACUGGGUACCUACUUAGCCACCUUCCACAAGCUUGGUGUUGCUCUGUGGGGAGGUUCCAACUUUACGCAGCAGAUGAGGUUCUUACAGCGUGGUGUCGAAUGCAUCGACUUCUCGCCGAACGAGCGUUACCUUGUGACCUAUUCGCCACGCGCGGAGGCCGACGAAAAGCGACUCGUUAUGUGGGACAUCCUUACUGGACAAGAGAAACGAUCCUUCUUACCAGAGGGUCCCAAUGUCUGGCCCAUCUUCCGUUGGUCCCACAAUGAUAAGUACGUCGCCUAUAUGGGCGAAGAUGUUCUCAGUGUGUACGAGACGCCGUCAUUUGGUCUAUUGGACAAGAAGAGUAUAAAGAUCCCGGGUAUCCGGGACUUCAGCUGGUCGCCGACCGACAACAUCAUUGCCUUCUGGGUUCCCGAAGACAAGGAUGUACCCGCCAGGGUGACACUUAUGGAAAUUCCCAGUCGUAACGAAAUCCGUAAGAACAAUAUCUUCAAUGUUGCUGACUGCAAGAUUUUCUGGCAGAAGUCCGGUGAUUAUUUGUGCGUGAAAGUCGACCGUUUCGCCAAGAAGAAGGAGAAGACCGAGCAGAAAUACACGGAGAGUUGUAAAUUUCAAACGUUGCAACACUUUCAGGGAAUGUCUUACAACUUUGAAAUCUUCCACAUGCGCGAGAAACUUACCCCCGUUGACAGCCUAGAAAUUAAAGAACCAAUUCACGCUUUCGCAUGGGAGCCUGUUGGCAACAAAUUUGCCAUUAUUCACGGAGAAACAUCGUCGGUGAACGUUAGUUUUUACGAAGUGCGCUGUGGACAUCGUCCCACGCUACUUAAAAAACUGGAAAAGAAAGCGUGCAAUCACUUGUUCUGGUCGCCUUCGGGUCAAUUCAUCGUGCUGGCCGGUCUUACAACCAUGUCCGGUGCCCUGGAAUUCAUCGACACCAAUGACUUCACGAUCAUGAACCUGACGGAUCACUACCAGACUUCCGACGUGGAGUGGGAUCCUACUGGACGUUACGUAGUGACGUCGGUAGCGAGCUGGAAAACGAGCGUAGACAACGGUUACUGGCUCUGGACGUUCCAGGGCAGAAUUCUGAAGAGGGUUAACCUUCACCAGUUCCAUCAGUUUAUGUGGCGCCCAAGGCCGCCAACUCUGCUUACCCCCGAGCAGAUCAAGGACAUCAAGAAGAACCUCAAGAAAUAUUCGGCGCAAUUCGAGAGCAAGGAUCGCCUCCGUCUCACGCGCGCUUCAAAGGAACUAAUCGAGAAACGUUGCGCGUUGAUGAAAGAGUUCGAGAGCUACCGCGCGGAUUGCAUUGAACGAUGGAACAAGCAGAAGAAACGUCGUAUGGAAUUGCGUCAAAAUAUCGACACAGAUGAAUUGGAUUCAGAUACCAAGAAUAUGGAUGAGGAGGUUGUGGAAUUUUUCGUCAAGGAAGAAACUUUUGAAGAAAAAUAAACAAACCCGUUGAAGCUGUUUCUGUUACAAAGGCAAAUCACUUGACGAUCUUAGAUUUGCCUGUCUAUACGGCGAAGUACAUCAUCUACCAGGAGACGACCGGCGUCAUUUAUACUUACAGACAAAAAAAGAACCAUUCAAAGCAUACACACAAAUUUAGGGAAAAAGUAUUUUAGAUGAGUGCCAGUGGAGCCGGACUGUUAAAAACUUUGAGGGAAGAGAUGAUUCUACCGAUCGAUCGACAGAUCGAGAAAAAAAUGUUAAAAAGUAAAACCGGUUUAUUAUAUGUAAAAAUGACGGUCGAGGUAGAUCACGUAUUCGUUUUAUUUUAUCAUUACAUCGGAUUCUACCAUAUUCCUUACAGAAUAGCAGGGAAUCUUAAACAUCGGACAAUGUAUUAUCGUCCAGACUUGACAACGUCACGACGAACUUUUUAUUAUUUAUACAAUCCGAUUUCGUCUAAAAUAAAUAUACAGUUUCAUCGAUGUAAA